AUGGUACGAUCUCAUCAAAAAUAUUCUUCCGAAAGCCUUCAACAGGCAAUUCAAGCCUACUCAUCUGGAUCAAUGUCAUCGCUGGAUGCAGCUAAAUUCUAUGGUGUACCAGAAAGUACUAUCCGUAACCAUAAACGUCGACCAGCAAUGAACAUCGGAUCUGGCCGACCUUAUUUGCUCAAGAGAAAUGAUGAAGAUUAUUUAGUUCAACUGUUAUUGGAUCUAGAACGAACAGGCUUUCGUUUAACAAAAAGAAAAGUUAGGAAAAUUAGUGAAGAGUAUGUUGAAACACUUAAACAAAAAUCACAAUCAUUAGGACGUCAUUGGUUUCAUGAUUUUCUUCUUCGAAACAAAAACAAAAUAAAGUUUAUCAAAGAGCAAAAAUUGGAACGUUGUCGAAAGGAUGGAUUUACAGAAACAGUUCGUAGUGGCUGGUUCGAUACUCUUUUUAAUGUUAUGCAAUCACAUAAUUUAUUCGACAAACCAGCUCAAAUAUAUAACGUAGACGAAUGUGGUUUCAAUGAUGAUACACAACGUGAAUUAGUAUUGGUACCAUCUGAUACAAAAAUUAAAUACGAAGAAAACGGUGGUACAGGAAAGUCAUUUACAACAAUAAUCAAAGCUGUCAAUGCCAAAGGUGAUGUUUUACCACCACUUACAGUGUGUGCAGCAAAACAUGUCAAUAACCAGUGGACAGAAGGUGGGCCUGCUCGUUCAGCAUACUGUUGUACAGAUAAUGGUUGGAUAAAUGAUGAAGUUUUUGCAUUUUGGUUUAUCAAUGUUUUCCUGAUGGAAAUACAAUCAGUACCUCGUCCUGUUUUGCUUGUAUUGGACGGCCAUAAUUGUCAUUUUACUGUAAAGGUUAUAGAAGCAGCUAGACAAAAUGAUAUUAUCAUUGUUUGUUUACCACCACAUUGUACUCACGUGAAAACAUCUUGGAAAAAAAUCGUAUCAUCAUAUUUUGAACGAACUCAUCGAAAAACGAUCCGCAAAAUUGACCAUCCAACAUUAUUAAAUAAGUUGUACAAUGUGGCAUUUACUCCUCGUCAAGUUGUUGCAGGCUUUACUCGAACUGGAAUUUGGCCCUUUGAUCGUACUGUAAUGAAAGACAAAGUGGUGAACACGUCUCGCAAUCAAUUAUUCAGUGGUGGUAGUUCAUCAAGGUACAAUAUUCAAUCAGCAUCUGCUGUUCCUCUUCCAACAACUACAGAUCAAGCUAUUCAACUUCUAAAUUCAGUAGUUGCGAAUAUUGAAUAUCUUGAAAAUGAAAACAACAGGGGUGCACAGCAACAGCAACGAUUAAUUCAUUACGAUGUCGAUUUGGCUGCACAAAACCAUCUUUUACCAACUUCUGUAUUUAGUCAUCCAAAUAUAUAUUCACAUGUUAAUGUGAAUCAAUCACCUUCUGUUCCAAGUAGUGGUUUUUCAAUUCAUCAAUCACCAGUACAUGUUGUCGAUCAACAUUUCAUCAAUGAUAAUGAAAAGUUUGAUCUAUUGCAAUCUGAUCGAGGUGUUUUACAAAAACAUACAACAUUUUCUGAUUUAUCUUUGAUGCAAAUGGUAAAACCUGCCAGGCAAAAUGAAACCGAUGAUGACGAAGAUGAGGAAUUUUUAGUAAAUUCAUCAUCAAGAAUGUAUACUGAAUUGAAUAAUGUGACAUUGUCAUCCAUCCCGGCUUCAUCUUCAUUAUCUAUUUCACCUUCUCACAAUUCAUCAACUGCUACUUUAUCUACGGAUUCAGAUUUAUGUUUACCACAAUUGUCAACUCCUGCAACAGCUGCUGCAACAGUUUAUAAUAACUUAUUGAACACAGAACCACGUCUAUCGUCACCUGCACCAAAAGCACCAAGUACACGUGUUCGACAACAAAGAAAAUUCGGCGAAAUUGUUACUAGUGACUCGUUUUUUGAAGAAAUCAAGCAAAAAGAACAACAGAAGCUUGCCAAAUCCAAAUCUGGAAAGUCAAAUGCGAAUCGAAACAAGACAACAUCACGAAAAACAAAGAAAACAAUAAAAAAAGACUAA